UGGUAUUACAUCACUGAUAUCAACUGGUAUCCUAGCUGAUUCGAGUAUUCCGGGUUCCAGGAAAGAGGGAAAUUUUUCAUCGGUUUCGUUCUACCUGAUUCUGCCUUGAAGAUGAAGGUCGUAGCUCGAUUAUGUUGCUCGGUUCUAUUAAUGGAGGUGCCCCAAAAUUAAACGAGAAACAAUAAUAUAAUUCUUCGCGAACCGUGUCGCCGGCUAAUAGAUAACCUCUUCAGUGUCGUACAUUUCAAAGUAAAUAAAAAAAUGAGUGUAAAUAUCAAUCUACAGCCAAGAAAAAAAACUAAUCUUUUAUAUCGAUAUGGAUAUGUUCUAUUAAUGCUCGUAUGCAUGAUACUUGCAACUAUUCAACCGCAUAUUGGCGCAACGAAUGGUAUAAUCAACGGUAACUUUAUUAUUCGCUAUUUCGCUGUACCUUCGAUGUACUUAGAAGCCGGAUUAUUAUGCGAUCCCAAGUCUCUUUAUUCAACAUUGAAGGACGGCUAUCUUCUGACAUUUGUGAUGGUUUUCGUGUAUAUUUUGAUGCCUUUUCUAGCACGGAUCGGGACGUAUCUAUUAAUGACCUAUGCAAAAGUUAAUAUAUGGCUACUCAAAGGAAUGGAGGUUCUUUACUGUAUGCCACCGCCAUUCAGUACAGGACUUGCUUUGUGCCGUUUGGCACAAGCUGAUUUGCCUACGAGCGUAAUUACCACGCUGGUGUCGCACUUUGGAGGAUUAUUCUUAUCUCCUAUUUUACUGUAUCUAAUGUUAGGAACAUCUACUCCACCAUUAGUUGGAAUUAACAUUAGAGAAAUUAUAUACAGUACACUUUUUCCCUUGGGGAUGGGUAUCAUCUUACGGAUGUUCAUACUGAAAAAUAAAUGUUUCAACUUUAAUACAAGUUGGUUUUCUCAAAUUUUAUUGCUGGCAAUAGCAUAUCACUGGUUUUGCGAUGCUGUUCUGGCAGAUGCUUCAUCGUUGCAAGCGGUGGAUAUACUAUUUUGUGUACUUAUUGCGUGCCUGGCUCAGAUCCUUCUUAGCAGCUUAUGCUGGAUCUUGUGCUCCCAGUGGUUACCGCGAAAUGUUCUAUUGGCUGCAUUAUUUACCAGCACUCACAAAUCCGUUAGUCUCGGCGGUUGGAUCUUACGUGGGGCAUACCACGGCUCAGCUCACGGGCCAGCAGUGAAUUUACCAUUGAGAAUAUUACCUGUUGCACAAUUGUUAUUAGGUAGUUUGUUAGCCAGCUGGUUGGCUCCAUAA